GGUUUGUAGGCGAUGACGUAAACCCUCACCCCACUUUCGGCCCCUCCAGAUGUCGCCUUGCGCGAAGUGAGCCCGGCACCGUAAACAAUCUUUCAUCUCCAAUUCAAUUGUCCUAUCAUCCUGUUCGCACCAGGGUCCUAUUAUCUGGUCGUAAAAGUCGAAAGCCCUAAAACGUUCACAUCCAAAGCGCCCAAUUUCGACCAAGUUCUAUAACCAUGGCGAAGCUCAAUUUGACUAUCCCCAAUCUGAAGCUGAACGAUGGCGUCCCAAUUCCAAUGCUAGGCUAUGGUACCGGCACAGCUUGGUAUAAGACCGGGGAGGAAUCCAAGAUCGAUCAGAGUAUCAUUGAUGCUGUAAAGCUGGCCAUCAAGCUGGGCUAUACCCACCUGGACGGAGCAGAAAUGUACAAGACGGAAUCAGAGCUAGGUACAGGUAUCAAAGAGUCUGGUGCUGAGCGCGAGAAGCUAUUUGUGACCGGUAAGGUCGACAACGACAACAUCCACGAUAUCGAAGGUGCCCUGCGAACGAGUUUGAAAAAGCUGCAAUUGGAUCACGUUGACCUCUACCUGAUUCAUCAACCAUGGUUCGCGAAGACCGAUGAAGAUAUCCAGAGAGCCUGGGCGCAGAUGGAGGCAGUUCAAGCCAAGGGUCUUGCACGAUCAAUUGGCGUUUCCAACUACACCCCAGCUCAUCUCAACGCCUUGCUGAAGACCGCAAAGGUUGUUCCGGCAUGUAACCAAAUCGAGUUUCACCCUUACCUCCAGCGUACCGAGCUUCUUGCGCUGCACAAGCAGCAUGGCAUUGCUACUACGGCUUACGGCCCCCUCACUGCAGCCACCAAGGCUGCUCCGGGACCAUUAGAUGACUACUUCGCAGCGCUUUCAAAGAAGUACGCCGUCAGCGCAGGAGAAAUUUCUCUAAGGUGGUGCAUCGACCAGGACAUUGUGCCUAUCACAACGUCGUCGAAGGAACAGAGAUUGAGUGAUUACCUGAGGGUUGCAACGUUCAAGUUGACACCCAAGGAGAUCCAGGAGAUCAACCAGAUCGGUCAGCAGAAACACUUCCGUGGCUUCUGGCAGAAGAAGUUUGAGGACAGCGACAGGACUUAGUCGUAUCAUUACUCGAUGAUGAAAUAUGAGCACGUAUCCCUCUAGCGCGAAUGCAUGUACUGCAUGGGAGUGACCCCCAAUAUCUCAGAGUCCGAAUGGGUUGCAGAUUGACAUCGACCGUAAAUUUGUACCACUAUCCAGUAUAGAGCUAUAUGAAGUGUAGAGUGCUCCAGUAUGCAGCGUGGUUCAUGAAACUACGACGGGACUCAGGGGGCAUAUAUCGGAGAGCCAUAUGUGUGAUUACGCGCCAUCGUCCGAUAGUCUUUAUUGUGC